AUGGUCCCCCGCACGACCCUCCUCGAACCAGUACAAUCCCUCCUGCAUGCCCUCACCACCAAAACCCCCGACGCUCCCCUCACCACCCUCCUCCGGACCUUCACCACCCAGCCUGUACCACUAGUCCACGAACACGGCCUCCCCCAGCUAGCCCCCUUCCUCGGCCUCUCCUUCACUGGCCAGGAUGGCGUAGCCCGCUACUUCGAGCUACUAGGAGACCACCUCUCCAUCGCAAACAUGACCUUCGAGCCCGACGACGCCUGGCUCGUCGACGACAGCUGCAUGGCCGUCGUGCUGCGCGGCCACGCCACGUUCACCUGGAAGGACACCGGGCAGGCGUGGGACGAGACGUUUGUGUACCGGAUUGCGCUGGCAGAGGAGAUGAGUCCGGAUGAGGAGCGGAGGGGGAAGUUGAGGGUUUGCGAAUAUCGCGUUUGGGCGGAUACAGGGGCGGCGUAUUUGGCGAGGCUGGGGAAGUUGGGGGAUCUUGUGGGGGGCAGGGACACGGCUAAGGGGGGCGUAGAGGGGAUUCAUUUGCCUGGGGCGAAGGGGGGUUAG